AGAAGCUCUCGUCAUUAAGUUACGAGAAUCGUGUCAGUGCACCGGCGAGAGCCUCCGGCAAGUCGCCCGGUUUGCAUUCGUUGCAGACAUCACCCUCACAUGGGCUCGCUGGCCCUCCAAUCAAGGGUCGCCGUGCGCCACGCGUCUUGUUGUGCGACUUUGCCAACACAGACGGCCAAUCACGCGUUUCGCCAAACACCAUGCCACGUCCCGUCGGUCGGCCCAGGGCUGCGAAGGGCCCAAAGCCCACGGACGCGGAGACAAAUGCUCCGGCAGGCUUGUCGACUCGACAGACGCGAUCCCGUGCGCUGAAGACCGCCGCCGCCAUGGGACGAGAGGACGCGACGGCAACCGCUGAGAAGAAGCGUGCGCUAAAUGACGGGUCCCCUGGGCAACCACCCAAGAGGCCAGCACGCCGUGGAACUAGGAUUCGCACCAAGGUCGCAGCCCCAAACAGCAGCAUCAACAAUAAUGAUGGCAGUGCAACAGAGGCUGAAGAGGAUGAAGAGGCACCGCAAAAUCACAACUUCUACAACAAGAUCAACGUCUCCGCGGGUGUAACGCGUUCGCAAGAGCCCCAGAAGAAACCAAGCCUAGCAUCUCAACAGUCGCUAGAGGAGCAUGAGGACCUGUACGCUCAUCUCGUCGACUUUCUCAGUGACGACAAUCCUGAGGGCCCUGCUGCCAAGCGCUCAGGUUUGCAACAGAAAACACGGUCGCCGGAGUUGGGCGCCAAUGGCUCGUCUUCGGAGCCGCCUGACCGGCUGAAUGAAAAACUGGAUCGCGAUGAGUCCCCAGAGCAGAAGCAGCAUGAUGUCGAGACAGGACUUGGCGCGAAGGAUAUACCUACUAGAGUUGCAGAGAGGGUCACCAUCACAACCAAUGUCGCAGAUACUGCAGAGGGCGCUGUGGAUGCUGAGGGCCCCGAAGUCCAGCCAUCGAUAGUCAGCUUAGAGAAGCUCAGUCUGAUGCUGAAACUCAUGGCGAAGCGCGGCUGGACGGGUGACAACGACUACGCGGACGAGCUACUACCGCACGGCCACGAGAGGGGUACCAAUUGGCUGAAGCGCCAUGCAAAGGAACUUGGGACGAAAGAUUUGAGGGCUUUAUUCCAAAUGACGUACGAGCUGAUAAGAAUCCUUAAACGGAUCCCGAGGAUACCCAAAUACCAACAGCAGGCCGGUCACCUUCGAGCCGAAAAGGAAACCAUCAAGACUGCCCUAGAGGCGGUAGGUCGAGCGACUGCGCGGGUCACAGACCCACGGCUGCAACUGACCAAAGCUGCGAGAACAGGCAUUUGCAAGAAGGUCAUGCCAAUGCUAGUUCUCUGCUUGAGAGAGGCCGUCCUCGUGGGCACCCUCGUGACAUCAGACGCUGGUGUUCCUCUACCUGUAGAAGGACUCCUCAUCCCCUCCGCUCUCGAGCUCCCCCGCCUUGUUCUCGCCUGGUGCCUGCAGCUGUACAUGGUGUUAGAACCGCAGCUGGACGAAAAUAGAAUUCAGGCCGCGACCAAAAACGAAAAAAUGACGUUGACGAACCGUCGGCGAAUAAAAACCUACUUGGGAGACUUGCUCCACAAACUGAAGCAGGCAGACGAUCCCCUGAACCAGCGUUUGCACAGACAAAUGGCGACUCAGAUGCAGCAGGAAACGCGCAGGAUACGUGAAAAGGAGGCGAGGGACGAACGCGACAAGCAGGAACGGCAGAUGCAGCUGGUUCGAGAAGCAUCGCAAAGAAUCCUCAUCGAGGACAAGUAUCUGAGAGAUCACGGUUGGCGCAUAUGGGAGGACGAGGCACUGCGCGACACGCUCGACAAGGUUUCGAACCCCAAGAUCGAGACGCUAGUAGGCCUGGUCCCCGGCCGCACCGAAUAUGAAGUCCGUCGGCGAGUCGCGGAACUGAGGGAAAUGGCAGGGGCUUGAUACCAGAAGCGACUUCACAUUCAUUGGGCAUGGUGUUGUCCCAAGGCUCGGGCGGAUGACAUACGCUGCGCGGCGGAAGUAUGUGGCGAUCUGACAAGGAGAUGGCGACAAGCGUCGAUGAUCUCUGGUUUUUUUGGGGCCAUAGCAGGCGAAAUGUCUUUCUUGUUAUUGCCGUUCUCAGCUUUUGCUAUCUGUAAAGAAAGGACAAGGGGUCUUCCGGGCCCCGAGCGCCAUAUCAGCGUGUGCAUUAGUCCCAGGUACGUGCCGAAUCUUCGGCAGUCAGCUUCGCAUAGUCUACUACUACCACCAGCACUAGCCGCAUAGUAAGCGGCACAGCUCUAUCGUUGCAAAUGCUAGUCUGGGUUAUCUGCACGAGUUGUUCAUUCCACAUCGGGUCUACAUGCGUACUAUAAAGCGAGGCUAGAGCCGGGGGACGGUGUGGCCACGAGGCACGCCCAACGAAUGGCUGCCACAUCAUCACCAGCCGCGCACGGGUAUGAUGGAGGGGGGAGGGCGAUCAGUAACACGGCUCAGGCACCGUCCGCCUCGAAUUCUCUGGGAGGUUGCGAGAGACCAGUGGCAUUGGCUUGCGGGCGCAAAGCACGGCCCUGUGCGAAAUGGUUGUGCUUGCUUCGUACGUACGUGGGCGAAUGGCACCGUCCGUCGGCGCUGCUGCUGCUGCUGAGCACACACGCUUGCACAGGGAGGCAUGCCGCGGCGUCACAUCACAGCCAAAAGGGGGUGUCCACGGUGAUCCGUUGCCGGACCCGUUCGUUCGUUCGCUCCUCGCUCGCUCGCUUCAUUCACUCGCGCUCAUCAGGGUCUCCAGCACGCCAAGACCAGGACGGAAGGGGCGACGACGAGACCCACCGGCCGCGAGCGCCACACCGCCAAAAAGAAGUCGACGCGACGCGUCGGCGCUCCAUUUGUGGAGAUUUCGAGGUCAAAAGGGCGAGCGUUUGUGCCGUCCGUCGCCUCUGCGGGUAGCGGAAUGGAGGCCAGGCAACAAAGGAGGCAAGGGAAAGAGAGGGCUGAGGGAGAAAAGGGUCCUCAAUUUGGGUCAUGGUGGCAGUGGUGGCUCAGGUGGUAAUCUCGGAGAGGGCCAUCACUUUGAUUGCCACUUUGUUGGGGGGGAGCGAGCGGCAAGGGAAGGGGAAGGGGGGGGCCUCGGCGUGCGGCAAUAGCGCACCAAAGAAAAAAAAAUGAAAUAAAAAGAAGAGUGACUGCCGUGACAAUUGCUGGGUGAACGAGCGAGCACAAGGACGUGGCGCGCGGAUGGGAUGAAGAGACAGAUGCCCGUGGCGCCGGGUUUGGUCGGCCUCGCAUAAAAGGCGUCGUUACAGAUGAGUUACGGGGGAGGGGCACGAGAGUGACGGGAGUGCGUUGGGCAUCGAGUCGGCACCGGCCGUCGUCAU